AAGAAGGAGGAGACGGGUGGGAGCAGAGGUGCUCAGGGCAAUGGCAGAGGCCAUCACCUAUGCAGACCUGCGGUUCGUGAAGGCUCCCCUGAAGAAGAGCAUCUCCAGCCGGUUAGGACAGGACCCAGAGACUGAUGAGGAUGAGGAACUCACCUACGAGAAUGUACAAGUGCCCUCAGUCUCAGGUGGACCCUUGAGCUCGGCUUCUUCUGGAGUAGGGGACAAAGCAGGGCUCCAGUCGGAGCGGCCAACUGCGUCCUGGAGCUCCGUGACGUCACCAGCUGCCGGGAGGCUCCUCGCGGGCCGCGCAGCCUGUACGCAGUACCUCUUUCUUGGCCUGCUCCUCACCUGCCUGCUGUUAGGGGUGGCCGCCAUCUGCCUGGGAGUGCGCUAUCUGCAGGUGUCUCAGCAGCUCCAGCAGACGAACAGUGUUCUGGAAACCACUAACAGCAGCCUGAGACAGCAGCUCCACCUAAAGAUAACCCAGCUGGGGAAGAAGGAAGAGGAUCUGCAGGGGUCCAGGAGGGAACUAGCCCAGAGUCAGGAAGCACUACAGGAGGAACAGAAGGUUUGCCAGGCUACCCAAGAGCAGUUACAGGCCUGCUGGUCUGAGAAGGAGAAGACAGAGGAGGCCUUGCAAAGUAAGGAGGUGCAGAGGAUGACCUUGGAGCAGAGGCUGAGCAGCAUGCAGGACACAUUGAAGCCCUUAUUCACAUGCCCCUUAGCAGAUACCUGCUGUCCCGUGGGAUGGCUACUGAACGAGAGGAGCUGCUUUUACAUCUCAUACACGGGGAGAAGUUGGCAGGAGAGCCAAAACUACUGCAAAUCUCUGUCCUCUGACCUGGCCGCAUUCAGUGACAGUCCUUAUUCUUUUUCAGUCCUCAUGCCAACAAGAGCCUGUACCCCUCACCCCUAA